AACUCCCGUGUAGUGUCAUACUCCUUCGAGACACUUUCAGUUGGAGAUUACAGACUGUUCAGAAGUUGAGAGAAGCAUUUUAAUGUUUGCUGAAAUGACACUAGGUUCAAAUCACACAGUGGCAAUCUCAAGGAAAGGGAUUGAAAGGAAUUGCUGUGUACUUUACAGACAACAGUAUCCCAGAUCUGAAAAGGCGUGCCACGUUUCACAGUCAAGACCAAAGGAUCAAAAACACACAAAAUCCCCCUGCAUUAGGACCUGCCUGAAGUUCGUCUUCAAGGAUCGGACCAGGAUGGAGCAAAGGGAAACAACAGGGGAUUUUAAUGUAGAAGGGAUCGAAAACAGGCUCAGGGAACUGGCAUCAAAGUGGUUCAUAGAGACUCAAGUGCCAUUUGUGGUCAACAACGGACUCCUUCCCACUUGGUUCCUGGGCUUCAUCACAAGACAGGAUGCUGAAGAACUCCUCAGAGAAAAGGAGCUCGGCUGUUUCUUGAUCCGUCUCAGUGAAAAGGCUAUUGGAUAUAUACUGUCCUAUAGAGGCCAAGAUCGUUGUCGACACUUUGUUAUAACACAAAAAGAAACAGGGCAGUUUGUAGUCUGUGGCGACAAUGAGAGGCAUGACACAGUCCCUGAUCUGAUAGAAUACUACAAAACAAGCCCCAUUGAGCCAUUUGGAGAAUAUCUGACAACUUCAUGUUUUGAGGCCCUGAAUGAAGACCUAUAUGAUGUUAUCCAGGUCAGCCCCAAAGAAAAACCCGCUGCCGCUCUGGGCUGUGCUGUGAAGCACAGGAAAAAAAACCAGAUUAUCUCGACCAUAGAUGAGCAACCUAAACGGCCACCGAAGAGCAACAGGACACAUGAGGAAGGCCCACCCCUGCCUCGAAGGAGCAGGCACCUUGAUAGCAGCCCCAUCAAUGACCAUGAGGGGGUUUUGUAUGCCCAGCUCAGGAAGCAGUCACCCAGGGCUACACCUAGAGACCAACACAUAGAUCAGGAGAGUUUACCCAGACCUAAUCUGGGGAGACCUGAGAAUUCUACAUCCAGGGAUCAGAUCAAUGGCAGAUGCAGUCCUCUGUCACGACCAGAGCUCAGCAUCCUAGACAGCAAGAGCAGGUCUCUGCCACUCCUGGACAGCAGCUCUGAUGGUGAGCAGUCUUACAGACUGAGUGCACCUCUGGACACCCCACCAAGACUUUCCCCCAGGCCAGUCAGACAAGGUAAUGGCAGCAGCCCACAGUCAGAGAGGACAGAUUUGUCCAGCAGAGCAAGCAGCAACCACAGUCUGGAAUAUGUGAGUGAUAAUGCAGUUUAUCACUUGGCUGGCAGGCCUGGAAGCCCACACACUACGUCCUUUGACACUAGAUUAUCAAUACCAGAGGAGCACACCGACUCCGUGUAUGCCGAGGUCUCCAGUGAAGCCCCUGCUGACUUCACAUAUGAGCCGAUUCGUUGCCAGAAGGAAACAAUCAACCCAGCCGACCAAGCCAACAGCAACACUUACGAGCCUCUGCAGGACAUCAGACGCAAACAGAUGAAGUCAUGCUGCAAAAUUAAGAAGUGGCUCUUCACUGAGGGCAAGAAGAAAUGGUAAAGAGGCUACCUUACUGUGUACUGAGGAAAAUGUUUACUUAUUCCGAAGAUUUCACACUACUACUUGAUAUUACACUCUGGGAAAAAUGUCUGUUACAAAUUAAUCAUCUAAUGCCAACUUAUGUAUUUUUGUUUUUUUAAUAUAUUUAUUUAAAACUAUAAUGAUGCUUGUAUAGUUUCCUUUCUACGAGCAGGCCAAUGUGGGAAAAACUGUGUAAUGGCAUUUCAUAAAUCUAUGCGUACAUCAUUAAAAGUGAUUCACUAAAUAAGAGGCCCAUUAUUAAUCAUUAUUAAUAUCUGAGUGAUCAUUAGGGUGAAGAAAACGUACACAAGUUCCCUACACAGGUUUCAGGUGCUGCAAUGAAAGUAUGACUGCAGCGGGGGAAAAAACCUGCUGUUCAGUCCACAGCAUGUGAUUCACCUUGAACUGCAGAGGAGAACUGUUUUCAUCUACUUCUCAUCAAUGCAGACAAACCUGGGCAUA